AUGACCUGGUUGGAUAACCAGGUGUCCGAAGUAGACACCUGCCGCUCUACCUCCCGCUCUCUGGGGACAGAAGAUAGCCUACACAGCAACACCAGCCAUAAAGAGGAGAAGCACAGCAACACCAGCCAUAAAGAGGAGAAGCACAGCAACACCAGCCAUAAAGAGGAGAAGCACAGCAACACCAGCCAUAAAGAGGAGAAGCACAGCAACACCAGCCAUAAAGAGGAGAAGCACAGCAACACCAGCCAUAAAGAGGAGAAGCACAGCAACACCAGCCAUAAAGAGGAGAAGCACAGCAACACCAGCCAUAAAGAGGAGAAGCACAGCAACACCAGCCAUAAAGAGGAGAAGCACAGCAACACCAGCCAUAAAGAGGAGAAGCACAGCAACACCAGCCAUAAAGAGGAGAAGCACAGCAACACCAGCCAUAAAGAGGAGAAGCACAGCAACACCAGCCAUAAAGAGGAGAAGCACAGCAACACCAGCCAUAAAGAGGAGAAGCACAGCAACACCAGCCAUAAAGAGGAGAAGCACAGCAACACCAGCCAUAAAGAGGAGAAGCACAGCAACACCAGCCAUAAAGAGGAGAAGCACAGCAACACCAGCCAUAAAGAGGAGAAGCACAGCAACACCAGCCAUAAAGAGGAGAAGCACAGCAACACCAGCCAUAAAGAGGAGAAGCACAGCAAACACCAGCACAGCAACACCAGCCAUAAAGAGGAGAAGCACAGCAACACCAGCCAUAAAGAGGAGAAGCACAGCAACACCAGCCAUAAAGAGGAGAAGCACAGCAACACCAGCCAUAAAGAGGAGAAGCACAGCAACACCAGCCAUAAAGAGGAGAAGCACAGCAACACCAGCCAUAAAGAGGAGAAGCACAGCAACACCAGCCAUAAAGAGGAGAAGCACAGCAACACCAGCCAUAAAGAGGAGAAGCACAGCAACACCAGCCAUAAAGAGGAGAAGCACAGCAACACCAGCCAUAAAGAGGAGAAGCACAGAGCAACAUCAGCCAUGAAGAGGAGAAGCACAGCAACACCACCCAUAAAGAGAAGAAGCACAGAGCAACAUCAGCCAUGA